ACAGGGAGGGGUAUUUCUUCCACAAGACAGAGGUUUCCUCAGUCCAGGGAUCUUUGGUCCCCAGAACCUACUAUGGUCCUUAGACAUUGUUGGUGCCCACGGCAUGGAAUAAAUGGGCAGAAAUAAUUUCUUUAUUCAGAAUGGGCUCUCUGCUUCAGCAGCUGACGUUUUUGGAGAUCUGCUGCUUCAGGGCUCCAGUGCCCCUCAUACUCCCGCGCCACUCAGGUGAAGGGCAGCCGGCCGGCUCACCGCCCGAGGUCUGGACUGGGCGGCUGCCCGCGCGCCUGCGCCCUCUGCUGCUCCGCUCCCGGCGAGUCUCUGUGCUCGUGUGUCUGUUGCGAGAGCAGAGGCUUGGGUGACAGGCGAGGGGUUGGGGGAAGAGUUCAGCCUGAGUCACAGUCUCUUUCACCGAUUUUUCCGCAGCUGGACCGAGGCGGCCUCCUCAGGCGGCUCCCAAUAAUUCCGGCACCUCCACAGCCCUCACUUCCCAACACUCAACAGUCAACUAGACAGACUGACCGACCAACUUAACAGUGAGUAGCGGUCGCUUGUGCUCUGGGGCAGGCGCAGCGAGCUGUCCGCGGCGGUCCUGUCCUCAGGCGGUGUGUGAGGGAGUGUGCGUGAGAGCGUGUGUGAGUGUGUGCGCUGCGCGCGCGCGCAGGGGAUGUCCCUGGAAUUCCACGGCGGCCCCGAGAGCUCCCUGCCGGGAUUCGUCGGGUGCCUCGGAGUCUGCGCCGAGGUGUGGGGGCCCGCCCAGGCAGGGGCUCGGAUGUCCCGGCGCCGGGACGGAGUUUGUCGGGAUUCCCCGGCCAGUCGCGCGGCCGCCGGUGGGGUUCCCCGGGAAGGCGCCCGGGCAAGGAGGCGGGGAAGCCCGUGAACAGCGGGCAGUCCCGGAACCUGGGAGCCAGUCUGGCCCCACAGAGCUGGGGGAGACGCCGGAGCGGCCGCCCCUGGCCGCCCAGCCACCCCGCCUUUCUCCUCUACCCUUCUUUCUUUUCAGCAGCAUCACAAAAGCGCGCCGCAGAAUGAAACCCAAUGCAGCGAAGUCCGGCUUUGCUCCCCCACCUGGUGCACACCUCUCCGCCGCCAGAGGAAGGCCGUGGAGUCCCCGAGAUUAGGGGCGGGGGCUUAACCCCGGGGGCACAGCUGUUUUCGGCUCUCGCUGAAUUCAAGCGGGGUUGGCGUCUUUGCGCCCCAGGGUGUUUCGAGCCGAGGCGGCGAGGACAGGGAGCCUCUGGUCCAGCCAGCCCGGCAGGAUGCGGCGCGAGCAGCAGCGCUAAGUGCCCACACGCUGCGCCCCGAUAGUACUCGCUACGGGCGGCCGGCGGAGCGGCGGCGGCUAAGGGGAUGCGCUCGGGACGUUCAAGACUCCUGCUGCGAGCUACCGCCCCGAGGUGGACCCCAAGCAGGGCUCAUCGCAGGACCGUGCGGACCCCUGCCCCCCGGGGCACGCGGCUGCGGAGCCUCGGGGCCGCGUUUGUGAUCAGGACGCUCUGGGCCCCUCCUUGCUGGUGAGGAUGCCCUGCUGCGCCGCUCUGCAUUACCAGCCCCGGUCCGUGCUGGGCACAACUGCGUGGGCCCGGCUUUGGGCCCUUGCGCCGGUGGAUGAAAAGCGUCGGAGUCUUUGAAUGUAAUCAUUGGUCAAAUCUGAAUUCUAAGAGCCAUGGACGAAGGUACUGGGCUGCAGCCCCAGACGGGAGAGCAGCUGGAAGCACCGGCCACAGUAGGAGUUGUCCAGAAGCAGCGCGAACCCGAGACCCUGCGGUCCAGGAGUUUACCGGUUCUGCACAGCGCCUCCUACCGGCCAUACCUUAGUUCAGCGAGUGUGGGCGGCAAGCCAGCCUUAGGCCGUACAGAUUCCUUGUGCCAUCAGGAGUUGAAACAAGGCCCCAGCCAGUUGACCCCCAGCCCUUUUGCCCAAUCUACCUCGUCAGAGGUGGCAGGGCUCGUGGACUGUAACCACAGGGUGGACGACAGCAAAACCGUGUCGGUGUCCUCCGCUUUGGCCAUACUCCAGGGGAGAAGGUGCCUCUAUGUGGUCCUCACCGAUUCCCGUUGCUUUCUGGUUUGCAUGUGCUUUCUGACCUUCAUCCAGGCGUUAAUGGUCUCUGGGUACCUGAGCAGUGUCAUCACCACCAUUGAAAGGCGCUACAGUCUGAAGAGUUCCGAGUCGGGGCUGCUGGUCAGCUGCUUUGACAUCGGGAGCCUGGUGGUGGUGGUGUUCGUCAGCUACUUUGGUGGUCGGGGUCGGCGGCCCCUGUGGCUGGCGGUGGGUGGACUUUUCAUCGCCGUGGGCGCUGCCCUCUUCGCUUUACCUCACUUCAUCUCGCCUCCUUACCAGAUCCAAGAGUUGAAUGCCUCGGCCUCCAACGACGGCCUGUGCCAGGAUGGCAACUCCACAGUGACUUUGGAGCCUCCCACCUGCCUGAAGGACUCGGGAGGAAACAAUCACUGGGUCUAUGUGGCUUUAUUCAUCUGCGCUCAGAUUCUCAUUGGAAUGGGCUCCACACCUAUUUAUACCCUGGGACCAACCUACUUAGAUGACAAUGUCAAGAAAGAAAAUGCAUCCUUGUACUUAGCCAUCAUGUAUGUCAUGGGAGCCCUUGGUCCUGCAGUGGGGUAUUUAUUAGGUGGACUUCUCAUUGGUUUUUAUGUUGAUCCCAGAAGUCCUGUUCACCUUGACCAGAAUGACCCUCGUUUCAUUGGAAACUGGUGGAGUGGAUUCCUCCUUUGUGCCAUUGCAAUGUUACUUGUGAUAUUCCCAAUGUUUGCUUUUCCAAAAAAGCUUCCACCUCGACACAAGAAAAAGAAAAAGAAAAAAUUCUCUGUUGAUGAUGUUGGUGAUGAUGGCGUUAUGAAGGAGAAAUCAAACAAUAGUGAACAAGUGGAUAAAAAAGUUUCUUCUAUGGGAUUUGGAAAGAAUGUCAGAGGUGUUAUUAUUGUCCCCAGUGCUGGUGUUGGUAUUGUCCUGGGAGGCUACAUUAUAAAAAAACUGAAACUUGGUGCAAGAGAAUCUGCAAAACUAGCGAUGAUCUGCAGUGGUGUGUCCUUACUGUGUUUUUCAACCCUAUUUAUUGUUGGAUGUGAAAGUAUUAAUUUAGGGGGCAUAAACAUCCCUUACACAACAGGACCUUCUCUCACCAUGCCCCAUAGGAAUCUGACAGGAAGCUGCAAUGUUAAUUGUGGUUGCAAAACACAUGAGUAUGAGCCAGUCUGUGGAUCAGAUGGAAUUACAUACUUUAACCCUUGUCUGGCUGGCUGUGUUAAUAGCGGUAAUUUUAGCACUGGGAUAAGGAAUUACACAGAAUGCACCUGUGUCCAAAGCCGGCAAGUGAUUACUCCACCUAGAGUGGGACAGCGCAGUCAGCUCCGCGUGGUUAUUGUCAAAACAUAUCUCAACGAGAAUGGCUAUGCUGUGUCUGGGAAGUGUAAACGGACCUGUAACACCCUCAUCCCGUUCUUAAUUUUUCUUUUCAUAGUCACCUUCAUCACAGCAUGUGCUCAACCAUCAGCCAUCAUAGUAACACUCAGGUCUGUGGAAGAUGAGGAGAGACCUUUCGCACUGGGAAUGCAGUUUGUUUUGCUGCGAACACUUGCCUACAUUCCUACUCCCAUCUACUUCGGAGCGGUCAUCGACACCACGUGCAUGCUCUGGCAGCAGGAGUGUGGGGUGCAAGGCUCCUGCUGGGAGUACAAUGUGACAUCACUUCGUUUUGUCUAUUUUGGUUUGGCGGCUGGCCUCAAAUUUGUUGGCUUUAUUUUUAUUUUUCUGGCUUGGUAUUCCAUUAAAUACAAGGAAGACGAACUGCAGAGGCAGAGGUGGAGAGAAUUCCCUCUGAGCACCGUGAGCGAGAUGGUGGGUCAAACCAGCAAUGCCGAUAGGUACACCCGGACUCGGUCCUGCCCAGCUUUCAGCAGCCACGGAGAGUUCCAGGAAGAGGUGGGCCUGCAAAAAGGGAUCCACUACACAGCACAGACCUAUCCGGGGCCCUUCCCAGAAGCAAUAAGUUCCUCCCUGGACCCAGGGCUGGAAGAAAGCUCUGCUGCCGUAUAGCCUUCCUCGUGAAGCUUGUAAACGGGAGACUUUAGUUUUGUUGGUUGAGUUGAAUAUGGCGAUGAGAAACACCCGUGCCUUCUUUUCUUUCUUUUUUUAACCUCGAAAGAUACAGUCCUCAAACCAACAAAACUCAGUAUACACAGCCACUUUUGGUGGAGGGCUGGAUACCUCAACAAGACUGAGCGCCUUCCCCCACCCCGCUUCUCUCCAAGAAGGAAUUGUUUAGAUAGAUUUGUUACCAUUUCCGCAGUGUUAAUUUAAUGCUCGUGCUCCAGUCUGGUACAAGGCUGAGGUACGUGGUUAACAAAAUCAUGGGAGUUGAAAUGGCGGUAUGUAUCAUUAGCAUACACUUCAAAUGAAGGUGAGCUUGACCAUGACUUUACAUUUACAGUUUUUAAGAUGUGAACACCUACUGUGAGUUCAGCUACAAAGCACAAAUAAAUUCGCCUCAACUAUGCAAUUUGAUUGGGCAAAUUUAAGUGCAGCAUGUUACUUUUGCUUUCAGAGACUAAAGCAGAUGUUUUUGAAAAGAGGAAUCUAAACUUUCCCUAACGUACUGUUAAUAGCAUUUUAAGCCAUAGCGGACUUGUAAGUCAGGUCGAAUUUUUCAAAUGCUUCAGAGGAACCAUAUGACUAAUGUGUUAAAAAGGACAGCUACUUCAUUUCAAAAGACACAUUCUCUUUUAGUCUGUCAGCCCCAUCAUAAGAUAGUUAAAGAGGCUGCUGAAUCCUAAAUCUGAUAGCUUGAAUAUAAACUCUAGUAUUCUUUCCGAAGGGGCUUUAAAGCUAGAGUGCUGAACAGUAUGGCUAGAAUUGUAAUUUGAGAUGCAUAAUAAGAAAGAAACGAUGGCUUUCUCAUCCAAAGAAAAUUGCUGUAGAAAUUCUUGUAGCUUUUAAGGGCCCACACAAGGGUAAUUAAGAAUUGUAAACUUGAUACUCAACAUAGUUGGGAAAAAGAUUCCACAGAAGACUGAGACCCACCUGAUCAGCUGUGCUUACAUAUAUCUGGAAGCACUAGCAAAUCUGUAUGUUAUCUUUUUUAUGUACAGAAAACUGCUGUGGUUGCUCUGGAAAUUGAGUAAUUAAAUCCUAAGUAGUUAUUGAAGAUUAUUUAAAAUAAACUGGUUUGUUACACUGAAUCCUACUUUAGAAUUAGAGUUAGAAUCAUUUUACACCUCUCUUUAAUUCCUUCCCACUGUAACUUCCUUGAAGCGAUUUUUCUGUUCCUAAAUGUACUUUGGGUUCACUAUCCAUCAUCCUUUUCAGUACCUCCCAGCACAUCACUUUGAUUUAGGUGCCAUCCGGAAUGCUUUCUCUGUGGCCCUCAGGGUAGAUGCUCCUGACAGCCCUACAGACUGACUGAUAGCAGCUUAACUUGUGGGAUGUGGCUGCUCAGAAAAAGAAUCAUGACAAAUCAGAUUCAGGAGGUAAAGAGGAGUAUUCAAAUACCAGUGUAAUUGUGAACUGAGUCUGCUGAGGAGCCUAUCUUAUAUAGGGCUAAUUUGGGAGGUGGUUCCCUUGGCUGGUUUACACUCUUCCACGGAGGGGAUGUGAUUGACAGAACCCGCUGACAGAUGGAUUGACAAGGCUUCUUGUUCUCCAUCCUUGGUGGCACUGGUGGAGUGUGUGGAUGUUCUUGGGUACAAUGUUGUUUCCCCCUCUACUAGGAAUGGCAUUGGUCAAAUGGUUCUCUUGGUUGGGUACAGUUGGUGCAGAGGGUUAUCACUAUUAGACUCAAUAAUGUCUGCAUUGGGUAGAGCCAGUGGUCUCAGGUGACAAGGACUUCCCUUUGCGAAGUCUUGUUUGGCUAAGUCAUAAUACUAAACACUGCUGCCUAUAAUAACCCUGUCAAACUUUGGUCAAUGUGGUAUGUAUUGAAGGUCUUCAGAGAAUAUUGCUGAUUAACUUAAUAUCCCCAAUGGAGCCCUGAGGUUCCCUUUACUCCUCUAUGGGACAUCUUUAAUCUUUUAGGAGAGAAAGUUUCCUUUUUUGUUGGAGCUUUGGGGAGAGGUUGUGUUUUCUUAAUUUUCCUCUGAUAAUUAAGAAACUGCCUUGAGAUAAUUUUGGUGGGAUUGGCACUUUUUUUUUGGUAGCUAAUAUUGUGUGUUUCAACACUCAGAAUUUCUCUCUUCCGAGUGGUACAUUUUGAAAAGGAUUCCAGGACAGACAUGACGACCUUAGCAAGUAUAGUUGGAAAGCUCUCCUUUCGCCGUCCUGACAUCACCUACUUCAGCACCAGUUGUACGUCAGGCACCAUUUUACCCAAUUACCAUCUGCCACUCUAUGAAAUCCUUUGGGUUGAUUAUGUUGGAAUUCAAUGAAUUGGUCUGAAUUGUGCUCCACAAUAUGAAUAUCUUACUUCUUCAAGUAUCUGAUACUUAUAAAUAGCAAGUGUAUCAUUAGUGUGUUGUUGGAGAAUGUAGACUAAGUAGUAAAAAUCACGGGGACUGAAGUUUUGGAGUAUGUAUCAAUCAAGAGUUGUCCCCAAAUGCUUUGAGCUCUGGUAGCAUCAUUGGCAUAUUACGUAGUCAACCAUUUUAUAGAUGACACCAUUUAAUGUAUAUAUGAGAUUCUUAUAUACUUGUUCAUAAUUAGUCAUGCUACUUAUAGUCACAGCUCUUAUUAUAAGUCUCAUUGCCAUUCUCCAUAAGCUUAAGCUUCUAAUUACUUGUUUUGGGGAAAGGUCAUCUUUUUCUUGUAUAAACUCUGUAGUUGAAUGUAUUCCUUGGCUUAUAUAUUCAAAUAUACUAUCCUUGAGUCUAGUCUAUUAAUUUAGAAACUCUCAGGGGGUGGGGUGGGUAGGUGAAGCACAUUGUUUCAGUUAUCUUCAUUAGCAUGCAAUCUUUACUUUUGUAGGUGAAUUUAAUUCUUGAAAAGAGCCAAACAUCAUCUGGAACUAAGGUGGGUGAAGAAAGGCUCAGAAAAGAAGCAAAUUGACAUUCGUUGAGUGUUGAUUAUUUGCAGAGCAUUUUGUCAAGCACUUAACAUACACUAUUCAUUUUAAUUCCCUUAAUAAGUUUGUAAGAUAACUAUUCUUUUUAAAAAAAUCAUGAAAACAGGUUCAGAGAGGUAAAGUGACUUGUUUAGGAGUGUCCAGCAUGGCUGAGUCAGGGCCUAGACACAGACUUCUCUGUCCCAUUGCUCACUUCUUACCCUACAUGGUGUGUACAGUAGUAUUGGUUAACAAAGGCAAGUUGUGACUAUAAUAUAGUAAGACAAAACAUUCUUUAAUGUGUUACUGUUUCUGAAGAGUAGAGAAGUUAUUUCUUUGUGUAAAAUAGAGAAAAAAUCUGUUAAGAACAUCAAAAUUUUAUGUUUAGAUUUUCAAGGUAAAUUUACAUUUAUUUAGCAAAGAGUUACAUUAAAAUUGUUUUUCAUAACAUACCUCAAGUAUUUAUUUACAGUUCACAUUUAAAAUAGAACAAACCCAAAUUCCCUGUUAACAUUGAGUCUCAGCAUUUUUAAAAUGAAAUAUUAUGAAGAAAGGUGGCUCAGUUUUAUUAAAUCUGAGCUCUAGGGAUUUUAGGUAUAUGCUUUCUCUUCUUUCCCUCCUUCCGAAUGUUAACAUUUCCAUUAGUUUUCUGGUGAAUAUGGGUUUUAAGUUUCCUAAUAAAAGUUUUGAAUGAACAUAUACCAACUGUUACAUGUUAAAUCAAUGUAUACAAAAUGUUGUAUGUUAUAUACCAAACCACUGACCCAGUUGUUACCUUUAGUAGCUGCAGCAACAAGCUGGAGUGCACAGUGGGAAAAGUUAGCCAUGAGGGGAGGGAAUUACCUGGGGAAGGAAAUGGCAGUCACAUAUUUUCACCAACCACCAAGAAAAUUCUUCCUCAGUCUGCGAUUCCAGAGUUCAUUCUUUGGUGAACUUGGAGCCAGAAAGUUUCUUUUUGGAACCUUUUUUGUAUCAACCAUAGGUACACCAAAGAGAAGCUUCAGAGUUUGAAUGGACCUGAAGAAUUACUGAAAGUCCUCUAGUGUGCCCAGGAGCCCAGGGUGGUAGCCAAUUAUACUUUGCAAUUUUUGUGUGAACUUAAAACAUCCUAAAUGACACAGAUGUGAAUGCAACUAUUGACGUAUAGGUGCAUACUGGGUAUUCUAAGUAGCAGAUAGAUAUCCAAAUACUGUAUAAUCCCACAAUUGCCUAGACUGCAGGUCUGCUAAUUCUCUGUUAUACAGACCAGUAGGUAGCCUUUACUUGUAUUUGCAUUUCCUCUGUCUUAGUAUGCAAGGAGUGCCACAGCUGGCGGGCAGAGUUAGUGGCAG